AUGGAGGGGCAGCGGGCGCUUGCGGCCGCCAAGGACGGGGAUGUGGCCACCUUGAAGCAGCUGCUAGAGGCUGGCACCCUGGGCCCGGACAUCACCGAUGCCCUGGGGGCUGGCCUGGUGCACCAUGCCACCCGGGCUGGCCACCUGGCCUGCGUCAAGUUCCUGGUGCAGCGGGCCAAGCUGCCCAGCAACCAGCAGGCCCAUAACGGGGCCACACCAGUGCAUGAUGCUGCUGCCACGGGCAACCUGGCCGAGCUGUGCUGGCUCGUCCGCGACGGGGGCUGUGGUCUGCAGGACCAAGAUGCCUCAGGUGUCUCCCCACUGCACCUGGCCGCCCGCUUUGGACACCCAGUCCUGGUGGAGUGGCUGCUCCAAGAGGGCCACUCGGCCACGCUGGAGACGCUGGAGGGGGCCUUGCCACUGCACCACGCCGCCGUCAGUGGGGACCUGACCUGCCUGAAGCUCCUGGCAGCCGCCCACAGCAGUGGCGUGAACCUGCGGACGCGCAGCGGCGCCUCCCCGCUGUACCUGGCCUGCCAGGAGGGCCACCUGCACCUGGCGCAGUUCCUGGUGAAGGACUGCGGCGCCGACGUGCACCUGCGCGCCCUGGACGGCAUGAGCGCGCUGCACGCCGCUGCGGCCCGCGGCCACUACUCGCUCGUCGUCUGGCUGGUCACCUUCACUGACAUCGGCCUGACGGUGCGGGAUAAUGAGGGGGCCACGGCCCUCCACUUUGCAGCCAGAGGCGGCCACACGCCCAUUCUAGACCGGCUCUUGCUGAUGGGCGCCCCCAUUAUGAGAGACUCCUGGGGCGGCACCCCCCUCCACGACGCAGCAGAGAACGGGCAGAUGGAGUGCUGCCAGACCCUGGUCUCCCACCACGUGGACCCCUCCCUGCGGGAUGAGGAUGGUCACACAGCGGCAGACCUGGCGGAGUACCACGGACACCAGGACUGCGCCCAGUACCUGCGGGAGACGGCCCGGCCGGUGCCACUCCUUAUGACACCCCCACCACCGCCGUUCCCCCCUCCCCCACUGUCAGCCGCAAGGCACGCCCUGGAGGAUGGAAGAAGAGGGGGCGCGGGUCUCAGGAGCCCCACCCCAGCGUCUCUCAGCCCAGCCUGGCCCAGCCAGCCUGACCAGCCUGUCCCAAGGGAACAGAUGACCUGCGCAGCCACCCCACGGGUCACCACCAGUGCCGUGGCCACCUCCUCGGGGGCUGACAUGGCAGUGGGGGAUGCCUCGGACAGCCUGGCCACGCUGCAGUUGGACGGGCUGCCCUCAGGCGACCUGGACGGGCUGGUGCCCACGCAGGACGAGCGCGGCCGGCCCAUCCCCGAGUGGAAGCGGCAGGUGAUGGUGCGGCAGCUGCAGGCGCGCCUGGGCUCAGACCACGUGCCCGAGGUCCAGGAUGACAGUGGGAGCUCGGGCCUCACGGAGCAGGCAGCCUGGCGGUACUCGCAGACCCACCAGGCCAUCCUGGGCCCCUUUGGGGAGCUGCUGACUGAGGACGACCUGGUGUACCUGGAGAAGCAGAUCGCAGACCUGCAGCUCCGGCGCCGCUGCCAGGAGUACGAGAGCGAGCUGGGUCGGCUGGCAGCUGAGCUGCAGGCCCUGCUGCCCAAGCCCCUGGUCAGCAUCACCGUCAACAGCCACUUCCUGCCCCAGGCACCCGGGCUGGACGGCGAGGGGACCACUGCCCCGGCGGCCCAGUCCGAGGGCCCCUCACCGGCCAUGAAGGCCGCGCCGGGCGGGCAGCCCCUGCCCUUCUGGUGCACACACAUCUCCCGCCUGGUGCGCAGCAUGUCCCUGCUGCUGAAGGGCAUGAACGGGCUGGUGCAGGGCGAGGAGAAGCCAGCCUCCCGGUCCCCACAGGAUGGCAAAGAGGCCCCGGCCAGCACCCCUUGGAGCGAGGCCCAGCGCGAGAUCCAGGAGUGGGGGGUGUCCGUGCAGGCGCUGCGCGGCCACUUCGAGUCGGCCCCCGGCCACCCCUGCACCCCACCCCCGGGCCCCUGUGAGCCGGGUGCCCAGCCCGGCCGGUGCCUGCGUGGCUGCUGGCCAGCCCCGCCACAGCCCCGUGGUGGCCCGACCGCAGGGGGGCCCAGACCAGGCGACGCCGAGGAGGCCAGCGACUCGGGCAUCAGCUGCGAGGAGGCCCCGUCGGAGGCGGGCGCCCUGCCCGGCCUGGACCCGGCCAGCCUGCGCAAGGAGCGCAUCGUCAUGCUCUUCCUCGGCCACUGGAAGAAGUCAGCCUGCUCGCCGGCCCUCAAGACGGCGGCCUGCAGGACCCCAGAGGCCCACCGCGCCGGGCCCUGGGGACAGGGCCCCCGGCUCGGCCACCUGUGGCAGCAGAGGAGCGUUGUCACGCACCUGCUGGGCAAGUGGAAGGCCAUCAUGGCGCACGUGCCGGCCCGGCAGCUGCGGCGGCUGAGCCGGCGGCCCCGCGGGCCCCUGUCCCCCGAGCAGUUCCUGCCGCACGUGAGCGGGGCCCCCGUGCCCUAUGGCAGCCUCUCGCUGGACCUCUUCAUGCUGGGCUACUUCCAGCUCCUGGAGUGCGAGCUGCCGGCAGAGGAGCGCAAGAUGCGCCACCUGCUCUGCUUCGAGGUCUUCGAGCACCUGGGCGCCCACGGCUGGGAGGCCGUGCGGGCCUUUCACAAGGCUGUGACCGACGAGGUGGCCGCCGGCUGCCGUGCCUGGACUGACGGCUUCGAGGACAUCAAAGCCCGCUUCUUCGGCUCCAGCCGGGGCCCCGCCUGGGACACGGAGCCCGGCCGCAAGUCAGGCCUGACCCCUCUCGGGCCCCUGCCGCAUGCCACCGUCCCCAGCAGUGGCCCCGAUCCCGCAGCCCGGCGGCUGGGGCCUGGCUCCCAGCGGGGCAGCUUCAACAGUGAGGACAUCUGUGGCUACAUCAACCGGAGCUUUGCCUUCUGGAAGGAGAAAGAAGCUGAGAUGUUCAACUUUGGAGAGUGA